AGAUUAACGCAGCCGAAGUGAUCUGGUGUCAGAGCACAAUAUAAAAACAACAUUUUUUGAUUGCGCAACUAAGAGCAAAUACUUAUAUUUACCUACGUAGAGAAUUUCAGAAUCAUGCACCCAAUUCAUCGAAUAAUAUAUGCCUUUGGUCAUCGAACCUGCUCCGCCACACUACUUUCAAAAAGCCAUUUAAGCCGUUCUCUCACGUCUUCUCUGAUGGACACUCGCAAUAUGUCCUCAUAUGUAAUUGCAACAGAAUCAUCGGACAAGGGCAUGAUUAUUCUCAAUCGGCCGAAUGCUUUAAAUGCAAUCAACUUAGAUAUGGUACGAAAAGUCCACAAACAUUUGAAGAAAUGUGAACUGACCAAGUCCAUGGUAAUAAUUAAAGGUGCUGGUGACAAAGCUUUCUGUGCUGGUGGUGAUGUUCGAUCGAUAGUCGAAGCCGGACCCACGGAAGAGUCCAAAGCUUUCUUCCGUGAAGAAUAUACCACAAAUGCUCUAAUCGGAAAUUACAUUAUACCUUACAUUGCCAUUAUUGACGGCAUUACAAUGGGCGGUGGUGUAGGACUCUCUGUUCAUGGAAAAUAUCGUGUAGCCACAGAACGUACGCUGUUAGCAAUGCCUGAGACUGCUAUUGGGCUCUUCCCAGAUGUUGGUGGCUCCUAUUUUCUACCACGUUUGCAAGGAAAAUUGGGUUUAUUUUUAGGUCUAACAGGUUUUCGACUAAGAGGCGAUGACGUAUUAAAGGCUGGAUUAGCCACACAUUAUUGUGAAAACCCAAAAUUAGGGGAUUUACAAACGGAGCUGCUUAAUUGCAAGGAUGCUGAUAAUGUGAAAGAUAUUCUUGAUAAAUAUAAUACACCCACAAAGAAAGAUUUCAUCCUAAAUAGCGUUUUGGAUAAAAUAAACAAAUGUUUCACAGCUAACUCUGUUGAAGAGAUCUUUGAAAAUCUCAAAGCAGAUGGAAGCGAAUGGGCGAAUAAAACUUUAGAGAUGCUGCAAAAAGUUUCACCACUGUCCUUAAAAGUCACUUUUCGCGAACUUGAGUUGGGCUCAAAACUGCUUUUACCGCAAUGCUUAAAAAUGGAAUAUCGUAUGGUUGUUCGUCAUUUGGAAGACAGUGACUUCAAAGAGGGUGUACGAGCCUUACUAAUUGACAAGGAUCAGAAGCCUAAAUGGAAUCCUCCCACCCUGGAAGCGGUGACCGAAGAACGCGUUAAUUCCUUUUUCCAAAAACUUCCUGAUACCGAAGAGUUGAAAUUAUAAUAACACAAAGAUUUGCACUAUAAGUUUCAAAGUUCGUGACCUAAAGCUUGAUUGCACUAUUGUGUAGCUUUAUAAAUUUUUACAAUUUUUAUAUACAUUUAAUGCGUGUUGAAUUUACAAUUCGUGUAACAAGCAUAUGUGAAAAAUAAGUAUACUUAAUUUUCGAAAAUAUUGUCAUUUCCAUAAAUCUCAACACCAAAAGUAUAUAACAACUAAUGAUGCAUUUAUUUUUAAAUUAAAAUAUUAAAUAUAAUACAGAUUUUUUAUUAUACAACAUAGCAUAAAAGAAAUACUAAAGCAUAUUGUUUUCUAUAACUGUUAUUGCACACCACAACACAUUAUUGAUAAAUAUUACGAGACAAUAUUAAAAAGUGCCUAACCAGUUACAAAUGCUUACAAA